GACAGUGCUUAACUAGAUUUGAUAGAUUUUCUUUGUUUUGAUACAAUCGGUAUUUAUCAUAAUGAUGAGGUGCUGAUUGUUUAUUAUUUCAUUUUUCAAAUUCCAUUUGAUUUAUUUCCAAUGAGUGGUGAGAUUUUUUCUGAAGCUAGGUUAAGAACCAAGUUGAAAAGUCAAUUUGGUCAUAAUGACUUCAAAAGUGAUGUUCAGAAAAAGGCGGCUGUAGCUGUAUACAGAGGAGAUAAAGAUGUAUAUAUUUGCAUGCCAACAGGAUCGGGAAAAUCAUUGUGUUUCCAAUUACCAGCUAUAACAAAAGAAAAUUCUUUUGCUAUUGUCAUUUCACCUCUCAUAGCAUUAGUAAAGAAUCAAGUAGAUUAUUUGAAUAGUAAAAAGAUUGAAGCACAUGCCUUGAAUAGUAAAACUACAAAAAAUAUACGAACUAUUAUAAAGAAUGAUAUGCUUUCUAAUAAACCAAAAAUGAAGUUGUUAUAUGUAACUCCUGAAUUAUGUGACACAACAGCUUUUCAACUUUUAUUAAGUCAAAUAAAACCAAAAGUGUUAUCGUAUUUUGUGAUUGAUGAAGCACAUUGCCUUAGUCAAUGGGGCCAUGAUUUUAGACCAAGUUAUAGGAAACUUAGUCAACUUAGAGAAAAGAAACCUGAAGUACCAAUAAUAGCAUUAACAGCUACUGCUGCUAAAGAAGUCAAAGAAGACAUUUUAAAAACAUUAAAAAUGAAAAACUCACUUGUUUUUUCUACACCUGUUUUUCGAUCAAAUUUGUAUUAUGAUGUUUGGUUUAUUGAUACUAUACCAGAUCCCUUUGAACACCUAAAACAAUUCAUUAGCAAAUCAUUGGAUUUAACUAAUAAUUCAAUUCCAAAAGAAAAAAGGAAUUGUGGUAUAAUUUACUGCCGAAAAAAGGAAACAACUGAAACAUUAGCAACCAAAUUGAGUGCAAUGGGAAUACGAACUCUUGCUUAUCAUGCAGGUUUGAAAAGUAAAGAAAGAAUUGAAGUUCAAGAUUCUUGGACCUCAGGUAACGUCCCAGUUAUUGCUGCUACAUGCAGUUUUGGAAUGGGUGUAGAUAAAGCAUCAGUUAGAUUUGUAGUACACUGGACAAUACCCCAAACAAUUGCAAAUUACUACCAAGAAUCAGGUAGAGCUGGUCGAGAUGGAAAUCAGUCAUACUGUAGAGUAUAUUUUAGUCGUGAAGAAUAUAACGCCAUUAAUUUUUUAUGUCAAAAUGCUGCUGAAGAAGAAUUACAAAACUGUCAAAGUAGACAAGACUAUCAAAGAAAUAAAGUCAAAUCAUUUAAACAAAUUGUAGAAAGUUUUACUGCAGUCAAAUGUAGGCAUCUUUUAUUUUCAAAGUAUUUUGGGGAUCCAGCUCCACAAUGUGUUGAUAGGUGUGAUGCUUGUAAAAAUAAAGAUGUAGUUAGAGAAAGGGUAAUCCAAUUUGAAAUUGCGAAUCAAUACAAACCAAAAACUAAAGAGCAUCUUGACAGUUUUGGGCUGGAAAAAUUCGAAAAUUAUGAAUAUGACACAGAUUCUGGAAGUUCUGUAGAUAGCGGUAGGAAAGCUUUAGAUAAAAAAGCCCAAAUCGAAGAAAAACAAUUUAUUAAUGAGCAAUUUCAAUUGCGAAGAGGUGGAAAAUUACAAGAUCUUGAGUUGAGAAAAAUAAAUUUAGAAUGUGCCAAAUCUUCAUGUGUUCUAGCUGCAGAAAGUACAGAUAUAAAAAUUAAAAGAUUAACCGUGAAGUUGAGAGAAUAUUUUUAUGACAAAAUCAAUUCUUGCUUGUUGGAAAAUGUUAAAGUAUGUAAUAAUGAAAAUGAAAGAUUUUUAACUGAAAAAGAAAUCAAUAAUAUCGCUCGUAAGCUUGAGUACAAUAUUGUUUGUGCAUCAAAAGCACUUCCUACGUAUCGAAAUUCAAUUAUUCAGAAGAUCUUACAAAUUCAAACAUGUACUAAAAAUAUUGAAUUAUACGUGGAUUUGAGAAACGAUAUAGUUCAAGAGCAAACAUCAAAUAAGAGUGAAAUAAAUGAACUGCCUUUUUGCAGUGAAUUUACAACUGCCUUAGAAAUGAAGAAAAAAUGCGAAUAUCCGAUGGAAACAAAAAUUCCCUUACCUAAUGAUAAUCUUGGAUUAAGUGUUAACAACAUUGCCGCAAGUUCCUCUAAUCAAGUUUGUCAUAAUGGAUUUCAAACAGCUUUAGAUUUAAACGUUUUAGAUAACAACAAAACGUCUAUACAAGACAGUAGUAAAGAAUCUAUUGCUAAAAUAUCGAAAUUGAUCAAUUCAAAAACUAAUGAACAGUUUUUGGUCACUUGUAAUGGAUUCAAAACAGCUUUAGAAAUAUCCAAUUCUACUAAAUCGGAAUCUGUUUCAGAAGUGUCGAAAUUGAAUCGAAUCAGUCGAAAUGACAAAUUAAAAAAAAAAUUAAAUUCGAGAUCAAUUACAGAAUUUUUUAAGAGUAAUGUAAGUAAGCCAAGCACUACCCAACAUGAAAUUGAAUCCAUCACUGCGAAUCAAAUUUCAAAUAUUGCAAAGUCGAAUGAUUUAUUAAAUAAUGAUUUUCGAGGAAACUCAGCUGUUAGCGAGGAUUCCCAAGUUGAUAAAAACGUGACAGGUGAGUCGAUAAGUCAUGUUAAAGAAAAUAAAUUUAUUAAUGCAAAAAAUAAUUUUUUGAAUGAACAAAACAUAGAAACAAAUGAUUCUGAACGUGUUAAUACAUUCAAACUUAAAUUCCCAUCUAAAAAUAAAACAACAAAAACGAAUGCAUUACUUUUUGGAGACGAGUCAUCAACAAGUGAUGAAGAUAAAGAUAGUAAAGUGAAGAACAAUAUAGUUUCAAAUGAAUUAAAAUUUGAAAAUGAAAACGUCCAUAAUCGAUACAAUUCAACAAAAGAUGAUAAAGUAUUACAUAACAAACCAUAUAACGUACGAAAAAUAAAUAAACGUUCGUAUUCAGAAAUAGAGUUAAAUAAUUUAGAUCAUAAUGCUCAGAAUGAAAAACGUCAACGAUCGGAUAAGGAAGACAAUAAGACAUCAAGUAGUAAAACAUCAGAAUCCGUUAAAAUUCAUAGAAAGACUUUUAAUAUUUUGAAACCGAUAAUAAUGAAAUACUACGUUAGUCAUUAUAUUCCAGAUGCUGACAAAUUUAAAAGUAUUUUCCGAAAAAUACACAUGAAUAUACUAGACAAUAAAAUCUAUGAACAAGACGCAAUUAAAGCAGUAGCGGUAAAGAUGAUAAAAUCAAAGAAAUUUCUUGAGGACGAUUAAUGAUAGCUGAAAUUUCAAUACGUUGUCUUUUUAAUGUGUACAGUUACUUAGUUUUGUAUUGUGUGAGAACUUAAACGUUUAAUUGUAUUUGUAUUUUUGUAUUUAUUUUUGAUAAAUUAAUUUAUUUUGAUAAAAGUUAUUUAGUUCUUUAUUUUAUAAUUAUAAUUGAUGUCUACCACAGCUGGCAAUCAACAGUUACAUGUUUUAAAAUUGAAAAUUCAAUAUGAACAAGCUCAAACACCCAGAUUUCGAUAUCAAUUAAAUUUAGUUUAUGCAUUUAGUUUAUGCUUCUUUAAUAGUGGAUAUUAGAUUUAUUCAUAUUAAAAAAAAAAUUAGCCUCGUAAUGAAUUUUCAUCAGGAACUAGUAAAAGUAAAAAUCAUAUUUCACCAAGAUUAUUUUAUAAUUC